AUGCUCUGCUUGGGCGUGAAUGUCUCUCCCCUCUUCUUCGUCCACGUUUUAUCAGUUUUCGUCGCGUUAAGCAAGGCCUCAUCAAAAUUUAAUGCCGGUAUUAUAAAUUUCGUUAUUUCGGAGAGCGCGGCCGUUGGGGAUGUUGUGGGAACUUUGGACGGUUUUAAUUUCUCCGGUUCUUCUAAGGCGUAUGAAGACAUGACGUGGUUCAGGCUGCAGGAUACAACCUACUUCGCGCUGAAGGGACCCAAUCAGAAAACGGUUGUGGUAAAUCGGCUGCUCGACCGUGACAAUGACAGAAAACUCUGUAGAGAGUCCAGCUGGCCUGAAACGUGUGCGUGGUCGGGCGUUCUUUUUGCACUUGACGGCGUUGUGCUCAGCCUGCGUAUAACUGUCCUUGACAUCAACGAUAAUAUUCCUCGGUGGCCAGAUUCUGCGCUGAGCAAGCCGCGGAAUUCGCAUGACAAGGAGCCAGCGAUUGAGUUAUUCGUAGCCGAAAACACACCAAUUGGCGGUGUAUUUGAUUUGCCGCUCGCGGAAGAUCGCGACUACGGGAAAAACGGCAUUGUUAAUUACGAGAUUGUUAAACCAGAUAAAAACGGCUUUUUCUCUCUUGACUGUUCCACCGGUCCUAAUGGUGUGAUUCCGCGUCUACGAGUUCUGGCCAACUUGGACAGAGAAGAAAUGGAAGAACAUGAGCUGCAGAUAGCCGCCGUUGAUGGAGGUGGUCAGCGCUUUGUGGUAAGACUUCGAGUCUACCUUGUCGAUGAGAAUGACAACCCACCGGUGUUCAAGCACCUGAAGAAUCUGUCACCGGAGGAGGCCCAACGAGCACGUUUCGUUAUUGAAAUAGACGAGUCGACACCCGUGGGUACAGCGCUUCCUCUUCACCCAACGGCGACGGAUGCUGAUUCGGGAGAGUUCGGCCGUGUCCGCUACCGUUUCUCCUUUGCCACCCCUGUGAUUGUUAAACGCGACUUCUCUAUCGAUCCUGAUACAGGCCAAAUUUUUGUCAAAAACACUUUAGACUGUGAUGCUGGCGGCGUCUCGGAGUACGUAUUUUCCGUACUCGCAGAAGACAGCGCUCCACAGCCACUAACAGCCCUAGCAAUGGUUGUAAUUAUCCUCCACGACACCAACGAUAAUGCUCCUAGCAUUAGUCUCACCCCCACGGCCCCAAAGAUCGAUAACUCAUAUGGAACUACGUUUUAUCCCACAUUUGAGGACGUGAGGGAUACCUUUUCGCUGAUUGAGGAGAUGCCAUCGGGUCAGCUGGUGGCAACCGUCGCAGUGAACGAUCCAGACUCCGACGCUGACGGCGAAUUUGAGUGUGAGUUAAGCGGGACGCGAGACUUCAGUCUGCACGUCUUGCCGUGGCUUGGAGCUACUAAAGUCUACCAGCUGGUGUCUGCUCGCAGAUUCGACCGGGAGGCCGAAGCCAUGAUCUCGGUGACUCUGAAAUGCGUUGACAGAGGGAAUCCACCGCAGGCUUCCAGCAGAAUAAUUCCAAUCACGCUCGUCGACGUAAACGACAACCGGCCCUAUUUUCAGCAACCGCUGUAUCAAUUUGCGGUAAGUCAGCAACUUCCCCUAGUCGAUCAAUGUAGCAAUUAA